AUGGCCAACGACGCACCGCCCCCGAACUACUAUGCCAUCCUCGAAAUUCCCGAGACUGCUACCGCCCAGCAGGUCCGUGAUGCCUACAAACGUGCUGCCCUGAAAAACCAUCCCGACCGUGUGCCCCAGGACAGCCCCGAGCGCACGACACGCACGCGCAAGUUCCAGCUCGUCAACGAUGCCUACUACACAUUGUCCGACACCAACCGCCGGCGCGAAUACGAUGCGCAGCGGCGUCUCUUCAACCGGCGUGGUUACAGCUUCCCCGACGAGGCGGACGAGGAUGGUGAAGAUAGCGAAGACUACCCGUCGACAGGGGCGGGGGCGGGCACCCACGCCGGAACGGGCGCCGCUUCGUGGGCAUGGAACUUCUUUUCCAAUGCAGCGAGCGGCGGUGGAAGCAGCCACGGCCACGGCCAAGCCAAUACGGAGGAGGCACGCCAGCAGGCCGAAGAUGCGCAGUUUGCCGACGUCUUUGAAGAGAUGCUGCGCGAGGAGGGCAUGGCCGAGCCAGGGUCUGGCCGGCCCACGGGCAAGUUCUGGGGCUUGCUGGGCGGUCUGAGUGGCGGUGCGCUGGGCUUCAUUGUGGCCAACGUCCCGGGCAUGGUUGCCGGCGCGGUUGCAGGCAACCGCCUGGGAGCAAUCCGCGAUACCAAAGGCAAGAGUGUCUACGCUGUGUACCAGGAGCUGCCCGCUGACGACCGGUCACGUCUGCUUGGCCAGCUGGCGGUGCGUGUGUUUAGCCACGCCGUCGGCAUCUAG